CCUUACCAUUCGCCAUCACAUCUUUUCAAUUGUCUUUCUCCUCCCUUUCCUUGUUUGUCUCAUCACAUCACAACCAUGGCUAAAUCGGCUUUUUGGAACACGGUUCGCAAGGCUCUCACUGUGAACCCCAAAGUUUCGACGGGUAUGCCCGAUCCAAAGGAAUUCCGUUUUAUCGCACCUGGUGGUCAGCCCCCAACCUUCGUUCCCAAGGAUCCCUUGGCUAACGACAUUGCACAGAAUCCUUACUAUGGGCGUGAUGUCAGGAGAAACUAUCCCCGUUUGGCGGUUUACUCCCAAGAGGAGGUUGCAGGAUUGAUUGCUGCAAAGGAAGCUUUGGCCAUUGGAUCUGGCGAGUCUGCUAUCACCAAAGCUGCUGAGAAUGUCUCCUUGACUGAGGUGAUCAAGUCUGUAAAGUCGCCCCUGUACACACCAGACAACCUCCCACCCACUCCUGUUAUUAAGAGUAGCAGGCAUAAAUGGGUCCUCUCUCCAGACCAGCCCCCUGUUGAUCAAGGCACCUACUGGACCAUGCGUAAUAUGAAAACUGCCAAGUAA